AUUAUUAUUAUUUUUAAGGUCACACAUACUUGCCUACCUAAGCAACAGUUGAGCUGCUUGACGAUCACAUGUAAACCCCCUGCUGCUGCGGGUAGUUACAUAACGUCUGUUUAGUUCAUAUCGAUAAAUGAAACCUUACAUUUGUGUUUUUGCAUGUUUGAGUUGCACUCAGUCAGAUUUCUGACGUGCUGCGUUUGUUUCCAUAGCGACGGUGUAACAUGCGUGGGUGUCCUGCUACCGAGUGAGACGCGUAUUUUGGUUGAGCUGGAUUUUAAACGAUACUUAACAGGUAUACAACACAAACACCUGAAACGAGAAUUACCAUUCUAAUGAUGUCCGAUAUAACAGUCGGUCUAGACUCCCUCAGCUUCGAAUCUGGAUUAAGUGAAUGUGAAAAACCUUUCCUGUUUCUAAAAGCACGCUAUACUGGUCUGGUGCUUUGCUCCUGCGCCCAUGCUGCCUUCUUCGUCAAACUAAUCCAUGCAGUAAGAUUAAGAGUGUUAAAGGGACACGGUUCUCUUAGGUCUAAAGUAUCCUGUUUGCAUCUAUCUGCCGAUGAGGGCAUUCUGAAAGUUGGUGUUCUAGGAGGAGGCCACACUGGAAAACAACUGACAAUGGUGCUGCUCCAAUUUACAAACCUUCGUCCAGGAAACCUUAAAGUUUCCAGCAGAAGACCGGAGACCUUGGAUGACCUCAAGAUAUUAGGGGUGGAAUGCUUUUAUGACAAUCGGCGAUUGGCUGCCUGGGCUGAUGUUCUUUUUCUCUGCUGCCUUCCCUCUCACUUGUCAAGAGUCUGUGCAGAAAUUCAGUCUGAACUCAGCCAGUCCUGCAUUGUGUAUAGCUUUGUCAGUGCUGUACCUGUGCUCAGACUCAAGCAGCUAUUAGCUCACAGUUCCAUCCUGAGGCCAGAGUAUACAUUUAUAGAGGGUGGUUCUGGUAAUGUGUGGGAGCAAGUGAGUGAUGUAAUUGCUUCUCUGAAAGACCCAUUGGUGGUAGAGGCCACAUGUCCAUUGAGGCAGAGUGGAGGAAUAUCUGUCGAUAGAAAAUGGUUUGCAGCUGUGCUCUACUCUGUCCUGAAUGUCUGUAGCCAUAUGAACAUGGAUUCCCAGCAGUCUCUGAAUACUAUCAAUGAGUUGUUAAUAAAGCAAUCGCCAGCACAGAACAAAUCAGAAGGCACAUUUCUUUUCACCAUCCAAAAUUUUGUUAAUGCAACCUUUGCAUCCACUCUCUCUGAGGAUGACCCAUUCCCCUGGUUCAGCCUCACAGAUGUGCUGCUGAAAGACACUCCGCUGUCAAAGAUUCUUUCAGAAGAUCAUUCUUUCCGAGAGCAUCUUGCUGCCACGUAUUGUGCUGCUCAUAGAGUCCCAUCUACGGAAAGCGAAGAGACUAAAGAACAGGAAACAUCCCUCCAGCUGACCUCAUAGUCGCAUUACCUCCGUGUGCAGAAUGUAACUUGAACUAAUGCACCAUCAUUUAAUUUGUUCAUUUGAAUACAUCCUGCAACAGGAUUUGAAUGACCACAUAUCCAGCCAGUUGUGACAGUCCUACACUGCUGUUGGUGAGAAUCUUGUUGGUGUACAGUACCAGACGUCAGUACUCAAUGGCUUUAUGUAUUUAAUGUAGUUGUGUUUUUAUGACUACUAAAUGCAUUCUGCCAUAAUUAUAUGAUUAUAUGAAUGAAUGUAAAGAAACAUGUUUGAGGGUUUAUCAUUUUAUAGCUUCUAUAGCCAUGUGCUUUAUUAUAUUAUUAUGUUACUGUUAUAUAAAAAGGAAUAACUUGAUUUGUACAGUAUUUUAUUUUCAUUGUAGUAUAGACUUGACCUCCUAAAAUAUGAAAAAUUAAAUAAAUAAAUAAAUAAAUAAACCUAUAAUUCAGCACAUUUUUUCCAUUCUAGCAAGACCAGAGGUACUGUAUAUUUAUGUAGCUUUUUGGGUCCAGGAGACAAAAAAUAAAAAGUAAAAGUGUUCAUUGCUAUUUUAAAUGCUCUCAAUAUAAUGAUUUAUAAUGAACAUAUUAAGCUAAUCAUCUCAUCUGAGCUGUCUGUUGU